AUGCUGGGAGUGGAGGAGGUCCCAGGAUGGAGCUGGCAUCCCUCCUCCAGUCUUACCUGUUCAAGGAUGCUGUUAUGUCUGCUCCUGCUACCGGUCACCUGUGGGGGGCUUCUCCAAAAAGAGGCAGAAUUCAGUCUGAAAGUCUCUGAAAAUGUCACAGUUCAGGAGAACCUGUGUGUACAAGUUCCUUGUACCUUCUCCUACCCCAGGAAGGACAAAGCCAACAACUCGAUCUUUUUUUCUUGGUUACGGAAGAACAAAAAUGAAUUAAACCCAGUGGCCACCAAUGAUCCUCAUUCAAAGACACAUAGAAGCUAUCAAAGCCGCUUCAGUGUUCAUAAUUGUUCUCUGUUCAUCAAGAAUGCUCAGAAAUUCGAUACGGGGCAAUACAUACUCCAAGUGAAGAAGGGAAAUGUAACACAUAAGUCUGAGAAGGUGGUAUUUGUCCAUGUGUCAGACCUAAAACAGAAACCAGAUAUUCAAGGCCCAGAGACCCUGAAAGCUGAGAAGCAAGAAACCCUGAUCUGCAAGAUGCCGGGGGCCUGUGACAGCAGGCAUUCCCUCACCUUUCUCUGGACAGGGUCUGCCCUCUACUCCCAGAGCUCUGGCACCAAGAGCCUUACCUCUUCAAAACUCUCUUUCACUCCCAAACCCCAGGACCAUGGCACCAACAUCACUUGCCAAGUAACCUUUAAGAGCUCCAACGUGAUCUCAGAGAAGACUAUCCAACUCAAUGUCACCUAUCCUCCCAAGAAACCAACCAUUAUGGUUCACCAGGGAAACAGGACAGGCUUAUGGUCCUUGACAAAUGUGCCAUAUCUGCCAGUCUUGGCGGGUGAGUCCUUGAAUUUGAGCUGUGCCGUUGACAGUAAUCCAGUUGUGUCUCUGAAUUGGACCAAGGGGAAGCAAACUCUAGCCUCUUCCAAACUUGCUGCUGCCGGAGUUGUGACCCUGCAGCUUCAGCAGGUGGGACUAAGUGACUCUGGAGAGUACACCUGCAGAGCUCAGGACCCACUGAUGUCCAGGAAGGCCUCCCUAGUGCUCUCCGUGCAGUACCCCCCAAAGCUGCUGAGCUCCUCUUGCUCCUGGACUGAGGAGGGCUUGCUCUGCACCUGUUCUGUCCAGGCUGAACCAGCCCCUUCCCUACAAUGGUGGUUGGGGGAGAACCCUGUGCAUGGCAACAGCAGCAAUGGUAGCCUCUUGGUGGUGUCCACUACCUCAGGGGUCUGGACCAACAGCAGCCUGAUCUUGAGGCAAAAGCCAGAUCCUGUCCUCAGCCUUCGCUUUGAAGGGAAGAACCUCCACGGGACCCACAGUCUCAGCAUUUUGCUGGUUCCAGAUAAAACUACUCCAGACACUGAAAGGAGCAUGAAAAUGCUGAUCAUUGGAACUGCCUGUGGGGCUGCUGUCACUGUCUUCUUGGCUCUUGGCCUCCUUAUGAUUGUGGUGAAGACUCUUAAGAAGAAGUCUGCAAAGUUAAGGACCAAAACAUCUGAGUCUGAAGCCAGUGUGGAUGAUAGGCACCAUCCCUCAGAGACCAUCUUCAUUAAUUUAAAUGAGAUCUUGAAGUUGAAAAGUUCCCUGAGGCCUCAAACCCAUGACACAGUGUGCCCCACCUCUGAGGAGGGACCAGAGCUGCAUUAUGCCUACCUCAACUUCCAGAGUCUGAAACCCCGAAAUCCCCAGGAGUCUGCAUAUACUGACACUGAGUAUGCUGAGAUCAAACUUCAGAAAUAG